UUCCCAUAAGAGAGCUCUAAAUUAGUUGAUAUUCUUUGAUAUUCUCCUAUAUAUAGAGAAACAUCUUGCAGCUCUUAAUCUGAAAGAAUUCACUUAAAAUUCAAGAGAGCGAGUAAUAUUCCCAUUAAUUAAUUAAUGGAAGCCAAAGUAGGAGCAUCUGAAGACCGUUUUGAACCAUCGUACGAGUGGCUACGUGAACAAAGACAUGACGUUCUCUUAGUUCAUCUCCCAGCUGAAUUCAAGGAUAAAGAAGGGUUGAAGGUACAAAUAAGCAGUUUUGGAGGCUUGAAGGUUUCUGGAGAUCGACAAGUCAAUAAAAAAAGAUUGCGAUUUUUCAGGGAAUUUCCAGUAUGGAAGGACUAUGAAACUGAUGAAAUCCAGGCAGAGUUCGAGAAAGGUGUUCUUAAGAUUACAUUGCCAAAGAAAAUUACUAAAUCACCCCCAGCUGAUGAAGAAAAAGGAUCAACUAAAGCAUCAAAGAAUUCAAGAUUGAACAAGUUCACAAAGGUGGUUUUGGGUGUUGCAGCUGCGGUUGUUGUGGCUGCUGGCCUCACUGGUUUUGCUUACUAUACUUUUACGUUUACAGUAAUUGAAGAUUGAGUAAAAGCAAUUCAGUAACUUCACAUAUAUGUACAGGCCUCUUUAUAUAACAGCUAUCACUAUAACAAUUAUUCACUAUAAAAGUCAAAUUUCUUUUGGAACCAAUUUACAUGUUAUGUUAUAAUAGUAUAUGUUUAUAAUAGCACUUCGCUGUAACAAUCAAAAAAAUCUGAAAUAAACGAAACUGUUAUAAAGA